UCCUUCUUUGGCUUCAACUUCAUAAACUUCUACUUUCUAGAUGAAGAUACAUCUAUUCUAUUCCUUAAACACAAAUGUAGUUUCCCACCAGUGUGAGAAGUAGCCAAUUUCAGUUCUUUCACCAACCUGUUCCUGCCACAUGAGGAAGUCUCAGCUUCUCCUGGGGACUGCCUUACCUAUCACAGCAUCUCAGACAUGCAGAAGGAAGAGACAACCGCCUUACUUCAGUGGGAUAAUCCCGCACCAAACCCUUACCAGAAACAUCCAUCUUCUACUAAAUAUUCAGGAACAUGGUAUCUUGUGGUGGUGAUUUCAUGUGUUUUCUACAUGGGUUCAGUAACAACCUCUAUUUUCCUGGGCAUCAAGUUGUUCCAGGUGUCCACUAUUGUGAUGAAACAGCAAGAAAAACUCAUCCAACAGGAGAAAGCACUGUUGAAUUUCACACAAUGGAAGAAAAACCAUAAGCUUCAGAUGAAAGACUGUCAAACCUUGAGGCAAAACUCCUUCACUUCAGCCCAUACCUGCAACCCUUGUCCAUACAACUGGAUUCAAAAUGGGGGAAGUUGUUACCAUGUCUUUGAACAAUGGAAAAUCUGGCACAUCAGUAAAGAGUACUGUUUGAAGAAAGGAUCUACUCUUCUACAAACAGACAGCAAAGAGGAAAUGGUAAACACUAUCUCAUGGAUGAAAGGAAGCAAUGAUUACUGGGUGGGACUGUCUAAGAAUAGUAUCAGCAGAUCUUGGCUUUGGCAAGAUGGCUCCACCCCUCGCCCUGACCUAUCACCAAUAGAGACACUCCAAUCAACUGACCAGCUCUGUGGAUAUCUCAAGGACAAGUUCCUUUCUUCCUCUACCUGCAGAACUUGGAAAUAUUUUAUCUGUGAGAAGCAUGCAUUAGGAUCCUCCAUCUGAACAAAAUCAUACUUGAAGCGAUCUAUUACAAUAGUGUGUUGAUCAGGCCAUUGGAAAGCCUGCCCCAAAAUUCCAAAGAACAAGUGAAGUACGCCUAUGUGGGGGCUCUGAAACUACCUACCUGGGACUUAAAACCAAUCUCUACAUUUACACUUGGCAAUUGUCUUCAAUGCUUUCCAGACCUUCAUUUGACAUUGUGUAAAUUGCCAAGAAUAAAACCGACUUAGAGCUACCGAAGAUAAAAUCCUAAAAGACUGAGAACAAACUGAAGAAAAAUCAUGUUCUUGUGCCUUUUUUUUCCUAGUCUAGAGUGACUAUACACUCCACAUAAAAAUCUAUAAGCCCCUGGGGAAGUGAUGUAUUUCUAGCUGACUGAUUUUUUUAAAUAAAUAAAUAAAUAAAUGUAGGCUUUUAAAGUC